GCGGAUGCGAGAGCUCAGACGGUCUUCAGUCAUCGCACGCGCAACAUCUGACGGAUCCUCGCUGUUCGACGACCUGUAGCUGCGUUUUGUGGAAUUACAAUCACCUGUUGCUGCUGCUCUAAACCUCGCGACACGGUCGACCAUGAAAACAGCCGACAUGCAGGCCCAAAACACUGGCGAGUGUCAGAACUUUGUUCACUGCCAUUCUUGGCGAUGGAAUGGUUGGCAAAACUUGUCUUACCCUCAGCUUCACCGAGGAAAUCUUCACUGACAACUACACAGCCACAGUCUUCGAAAACUAUCCAGUGCCUUUGAUAGUUGGAGGCGAGGAGUUUGUAAUCAGUCUCUUCGAUACUGCUGGACAGAGUGACUACGAGACGCUGCGAGCCUACACGUACAAGGAGAGCGAGGUGCUGGUGCUGUGCUUCUCGGUGUGUGACCGCGAGUCGUUCUACAGCGUGGUCAACUCCUGGGUGCCAGAAAUCAAGCGCCACACCAAGAAGAAGCGGCCGGUGCUGCUGGUGGGCACGCAGAUCGACCUGCGUCAGGGCGCGCAGCACGAGGUGACGACGGAGGAGGGCGCCGACCUGGCCAAGAUCAUCGGAGCCGACUGCUACAUCGAGUGCUCGGCGCGCAGCCGGGUGGGACUCAAACAGGUCUUCGAGCACGUCGUCUUCUCCGCCCUCAAGUGCCGCAAGAAGAAGUCCACCAUCUUCAGUCGCUUCUUUGGCCGAUGAGCGGCCUGCCACUCCGUCCUUAUGGCUUCCAUUCUUCUUCUCGCGUGACGCACGGACGUCACACACUUGGCAUUGGGCUGUGACGCACCCGCGUGACACGCUCAGCAUCUGGCAGUCCACCGCCCAUCAUCGGAGUAGCAGAGGAUCCAGGGCUUUGCCCCUACGACUCGCUCAUAUUAAUGAUGUGGCCCUCUGGAUGGGCUGGGGUGGGGUUGGGUGGGGAAGUUGCCUCAAUGACUGCGACCUCUGACCCCACCCAGCGUUUUGGGAGUCUUGGGGGAGCAUUGACUGAUUGAACCACUCACGACAAACUGAGUCUGUCUCCCUUUGGCAGCUGGAGAAAGUUAAAGAGACCUAAAAUCCCACCAUUAUUGUAUCCCUUCCACACAUUUUACUUAAUGUUUCUAACAAAACUUUUGUAAGAAAAUGGAAAAUACAAACAUGAUUGCAUUGGAUCCAGCGUGGCUCUUAGACACCGUCGAUGCACAAUGCUGACAGGGAGACGUUGCAUGACGGUGAUAGAGAACAAACUUGACAAGACAUGAUGGUGAGACACACAUGUGGCUAUUUCAAGGUAUUAUAAGAAACAACAUCACAAGGCAUGAUGGUGAGACCAGCGAAUGGUUAAGGUGCAGAUGAAGUUGAUGCUGAUUACCUGACAAUUGUUUUUAUAAAGACGCAGGACCGACCCUUCUUCUCCGAAACUACGAGUGCGCGUGAGCGAGUGAGAAUAUGUGUUCGUAUGUGUUGUAAACAGCCGGGCAUCAGAAGAUGCACAGACUAUUGAGUGAUACGUUCACAAACUUUCUUUCCAAACAGUUGUAUCAACUACAUUCGGAAAACGAUGUGAGCCCUUUCAUAAAUUAAGGCUUUCCUUAGUGUACUUAACAAUUUAUUGUCUCAUUUGUUCUGUCUGCUGUCCGCGAUUUCAAGAAACGAAUGUUCUAAUGGCGCACUCUGACAUCAAUUAUUUUGUCCUCGUGUACUGCAGGCUUACAUCUUAUCCUUUAAGUAUACAAGCUUUGUAGAGCUUAGCUUUUGUAGUAUUAGCUGACCACUUGUAAGUUCAAAGCGUGUCAGUCUGUUGUUGCUCUAUUACUUAGGCAUGGCGCUAGUGUUGUCCUCUGUAACUUUUGUAUAUUUUUAUCAGAUCAAGCUAUUCUGAAAUUAUUGAAAAAAGUCAUUUUGAACUGAAGUUCCUCAUUAUCAUAUUGUGAUCUGGUCAGCUUAUCACAAAAGCAUUCUAUUGUAAGAAAGCUGUGUGUGUGUGAGAGAGAGAGAGGGACAAGGAAGGUGUACAUCAGAAGCACAAGGUGUGGUUUUGAAUGCGAAAUGUUUUUGUUUUUUAUGGCGAUGUAAUGUAUGAGUGAGUCUUGAACUCUUUUACAGUUAAUACACAAAGGUGUGAGUGUCCGUGGCUGUUACCUCCCUGUGAUGCACGAGAAAGGGCAUACCAAUCGAACUUGUGAUAUUACAGAAAUCUCUUAACGAAACAGAUUUUCGUGAAGAAAAAGUUGUCAUUUCACCUUGAUCUUUGCCGGCUCCGUUUCGUUUAUGUUCGCAAAUGCGGGUUGUUUUUGUCUUUAAACCUCCGAUAUUAAUUUUAUUCAUUACGCAUUGAGUUUCAUUCUUUUGAGUGGGAUUGUGCAGUUUUGAUUUAUGCUGCAGGCGGCAUGAUGACAAGAAUGUCAACAAUUUCAGCAUAAUAAACAAUGACAAAACAAC